CAAAAAAAGAAAAGAAAAGGAAAAGACUCAAAGCCCUCUCUAAACCCCCAAUUGCUUGCUCUAACCUCAGAACUCGUAUCUUCGACACUACAAUGGCGUUCUAUUCCAUUCUUCGCAGAGCGUCUUCCACCAUUGUCCCUCUCGCAGUCCGAUCCGUUGGAUCUCCAAGAACUCUGUAUGAACCAAUCAGCACCGCUCUUGGCGUUGGAAAUUGCAGGCUGUUUCACGAGCUGUCUCGAAGGAGCUUAGCUCCAUCAAUCCACUAUUCUACGGCCUUUUUUGCUGCGAAACUGUGUUCUUCUCCAGAUGAGAAUCUUAUUCAAAUCAUCGACUCUGAAAUCCAAUGCGCCCAGGAAUCGGACCUUCAUGAUUGCGUCGUAGAGAUCCCAGAUAGCUUUCCUUUUGAGAUCCAGGACACCCCCGGAGAAAGUAUUGUUAUACUUAAAAGGGAAUACCAAGAUGAACUCAUCAAAAUCGAAAUUGACUUGCAUAAAACAGGAAAUGAAGAGAUAGUCGAUGAAAACGACAAUAUUAAUUAUGAUGUCGCAGAUGGUGAUGAUAAUGAGGAGGAGAAGGAAAGUAAUGUGGAAUCUAACAUUGCAUUGCUUGUGAGUGUUUCAAAAAGAAAUGGAUUUUGUUUGCAGUUUGAUGCCGGGGCUUUUCCAGAUAGGAUUGCAAUUAAUAGCUUGUCAAUUAAGGAGCCGGGAUGUUCUCCACUUGCAUAUGAAGGACCUGAAUUCUCAGAUUUGGAUGAAAACUUGCAGAGGGCUUUCCACAAAUACCUUGCGGUCAGGGGUCUCAAACCCAACACGGCCAGCUUUUUGCUUGGGUACAUGAUCAGCAAAGACAGCAAAGAGUACUUACGGUGGCUGAGAAACAUCAAGAAGUUUGUGGAAAACUAACAUUUUCCAACAAAGUUAGGAACAACUUUUGCUGUUUGGUUGGAGGAGUGUAGGAAGCAUAAGUUCGGCACAUGUCCUCUUUCUGAUUAAAACUAUCUACAUUAAUUUUUAGGGGGCAAGUAUUACACGCAUUAAUUUUGUUCGCCAUGCCAUUCAUUAGUGUAAUGAAAAGAACCCCAUUUACUGUCGGCGAUGUAGAUUGAUAAGUUGAUAUCAUGAUAUGUUUUGG